AUGGCCAAAUGCAUGCCGUCUAGUGACGAUGAACCUGCCCCGAAGCAUGUCAAGAAUAACGAAAGGAAUUGUUGGGCAAUACCAUCACCAUGGGAAGAUGUGAAUGCCUGGCGCAUUCUGGAACACUUCCUCACUACCAAUAUCACAUCCCCCAAAUGGAAGAUGCAUUUUUAUCCUACCUCGGCAAUCAACACUCACCGGACGAUUGGAAGGACGUCUGAGCAGCAUUGUUCUCUGGUGACGGCGAUGACACCGUUGCCCUGUACGACGAGCAUGGAGAAAGAUUCACCUGUGGCUAUGUCUGCCUCGAGAAAGGGUAUCCGAGGGACUAAGGGCAGUCAGUCGUGUAGGACAUCCAAUUUCAAACGCUUUAUCAAUGACGAGGCGGGGGAUUCUGAAGACAAUGAGGAUGAGGAUGAGGAUGAUGAGGGGGAGGGGGAGGUUAGAGAUGGCUCCUCUGUGCAAUCACACAGUAUUACAUAUUUGCUAGGACCAUCGGCCAAACAUACAUUGGCUGCAGCAAUUGAUAGCAUUUUCAACAAGGAUGAAAACACCCCUGCGAAAGCUGCUUGGUCUCCUGGCACCAUCGAAAACAGGAUGUAUCUUCUUGUUGUUCAUAGAACUGCUACACAUUAUAUCACCGGAUGCCUUCGAGAUAAAGGAUUUCCUGUGAUCGUGUCGGCUUGGUUACCUGGUCAGCUGUACGUGGUGUCGGAUAGCCCCAGAAUGAUUGCAGCAUCGCUUCCACCCUCUCAUAGUCUCUCCGUGAAGGAGUAUCUUCGUAUCUUGGAGGAAGAACAUGAAGCUGUGGAACGUUCAAGCAUCAAACUUCCUAGCCCAUCAUGGGUGAGGAUACGACAUGGCAAGUACAAGGGCGACAUAGGCUAUGUCUUCGAUCCUGAUCAACUAAACCAUUUUGUCACGGUCUUGAUCCCCCCACGAGAAUUCCCCUAUGACAUGCCUCAGGGGUCGGUAGCGCUCCUCAACCAGUCUCGCCUUCCAAAUGACAACACAGUGUCUGACAUUCUUCGUGACGGGGACAUAAACUGGUCGCCUACCCUCACACUGAUGAAAUCUGACUUGUUUUCAAUGCAGUUCUUGCACAAAGGUGAUUCGGUCAAGGUAAUCAAAGGAGAAGUUCGCUCAGAGAUCGGUACGGUCGUCUCGACACACCAUGCAUCUGGUACUGCAUGUCUAGAGAUCAAUUUUGACGGUCAUCGACAAGAAAUGCAUGUUCGACUCCAAGAUAUAGAGCACGUCUUUUGGGUGGGGGAUCCAGUUCAAGUUGUAGUGGGCUCACACUUGGGUUUAGAAGGGCAUAUCAUUCAAGCAACCAGAGACAUUUUUGACGUCUGUCAAGAGGUCUCUCUGGAAGUGAUUGCUGUCCCCCGAAAUACACAUAUCAAUCUCGACCACCCAGAGCCCCUUCAGUGA